AUAGCACCCACCUGUGCCGGCACUGCAUCCCAUCCUUAGGACAAGCACACUAGAGCGACCCUGCCCUGCAUACCCACACCAUACGAAGCACCCGCGACGCACGUGCAGUUCCGUAGUCAGGGUAUUAAAGGUCGAUAUCAAAUCUCUUUGUGCGCCGUGAGCACGUUAUUGCCUGCGCGCCGAACAGCGGCAUCUUUACACCGACCUGCCGCCGUCACCUCGAGACCUCUCUAACCAUCACACUCACACCACCUCUUUUUACUUGAUACUGUUUGACAAUACCUCGGAUUCUGCUUCCGUUUCGUGCUUAGCCAAGUACACCGUUUGUCGGAACCAUUGGCUUGUUUGCGCCCUGCAGUACACCUCCAACCUCACUCCGUUCCUUCCAUCACCAUUGCAUGCGAAUUGUUAUCAAUCGUCAGUAAGGAAUUCGAUUUUGUCACCUUCCACCGUAGAUUCGGAAUACCUGAAUUUUCCUCUCGCAUCCACCGAAUUCCGAAUGCAAAGGACCGUCGUUACCAUCAACAGCAAUGGCCGCCAAUCGGCGAGCUUCAUUCGAGUUGCAUCGGCGCUGGGGUGGCAGGUGCGCGCGCAGAUGAGAGACCUGAACGGCGUCGUGGCGCAAGAGAUAUCUGAACUGGAGAAUGUCACCGUUUACAUCGGACGCCUGGAGGACCGCAAGUUUUUGGACGAUCUGUUCAAGAGCGCACAAUGCGCCUUCAUCAACACGACGCAUUGGGGCGAUGAAGUUGCGAUCGGUCGGUCAUUGGCCGACGCUGCGAAAAGGGCCGGGAUACAACACUACAUCUACUCAAGCAUGCCAGAUCACUCUGUCUUCGGCCAACCUUGGAGGUCACUACCACUAUGGGCGCCAAAAUUUACCGUCGAGCAGUAUAUUCGCCAGAUAGGGCUACCUGCGACGUUCGUGUACUGUGGUAUUUACCAUAAUAACUUUACCGGCCUGGAUUUCCCUUUGUUCCGCAUGGAGUGCCAGUAUGAUGGUAGUUUCGUAUGGCAGGCACCUUUCCACCCAGACAUGCCACUCCCGUGGCUCGAUUCGGAGCACGAUGUAGGGCCUGCAAUUUUCCAACUAUUUAAGGAAGGCCCACGGAAAUGGAACGGCAAGCGGUAAGCGUCUUUUGCUUUUGCAUGUUUUUCUCCACCUGAAGCGACUAUUCCCCACAGUCGUUUCCAUUGUUCAACUCGGCUCCAUUUCGUUUGAGGCUUCUGCAAUAGCAAGGAACUUAUAGACCAAAUGCUGAUGAAGUUACAUACUGACAGACCUAGGGUUCCACUAGCAUUCGCAUCAAUGACCCCCAAAGAAGUUUGUAAAGCAUUCAGUCAAGGUCUCGGGAGACCCGUCAGGUAUAAGCGGGGCCCCGUGGUGAUCAACGUGCCAACACCAAUCGGCU